GUGACGGCCCGCGGGGCUGCGGCGGGGCUGCGGCGGGUCGGCGGUGCCAAGCGCGGAGCAGCCGUCAUGGUGUGUCGUGCGCCGGGCGAGCGUCGUGGCGCGGCCGUCGCUGUGCCCUGCCCCGUACGCCCUCGAGCACCGCGGUCGCCAUGGAGAAUCCCCCGCUUGCAUCGCUGUCGCUGACGCACGUCCACUACAACCCCGCCGACCGCGUCUCCUACCUCUGCGCCUGGCUGGCCCUCGUGCCGCAGGGGCUGUGCGUCGUCUACGCGACGCUGAUAUGGUCGAACCGUGAGGUGGAGAUUGGCCUCAUGUUUGCCGGCCAGAUGGCGUGCGAAGCUCUCAAUUGGGUGUUGAAGCGCCACUUCAAGGAGGAGCGACCGCGAGAAAUGCACGGCAAGGGCUAUGGAAUGCCUUCCUCCCAUGCCCAGUUCGUGGCUUUCUUCUCCGUCACCCUGACCCUCUUCCUGCUGUUCCGCCACGUGCCUCAUCCGACUGAGACGCACACCCCGUUCAGCUUCGCUGGCCGCUUUGCCCUGUCGCUGCUGGCCCUAGCCUCUGCAGCCGCAGUCGCCGUCAGCCGCAUAUACCUGAGCUACCACACUCAGAAGCAGGUUCUAGUGGGAUGUGCUUGCGGCGCUCUCUUCGCCCUAGUAUGGUUUGCCUUCACUACCUAUCUGCGCAGAGCUGGCUGGGUUGAAUGGGCGCUAAGCACCUGGCUCGCGCGAGCGUUUCGUAUCAGAGAUUUGGUUAUUCAAGAGGAUCUGGUCGACUCCGGUUGGGCCCGAUGGGAGGAGAGGCGCAAGCGACAGGAAUUUCGUGUCCAAGGCAAGAAGAGCAGGUGAUGUCGCGUCGUUGAUACCAACUCGAACAGGCGGCAUGGCCUUUGAUCUUCUUGUCAGAUUAUGCCUCGUAGUAAUCGGGAUCUCACUAUGUGAAGACAUCUCCGGUUAUGCUGUCCCCCAUCGAACGUAAUGCACAAUGUGUAAUCCUCGCGAGCCAUGCAUACGAGUUAACGAAGAUGCUUCGAACAAAUAGCCUCGAACUUGUUGAGAAACAGUAAUGUAUUAAGAUUAGCGGU